UGAUCGAGUAUUGGUAGCAACAGGUCAAGUUGGGAAAGAACCAUAUAUCUGUGUUUGGGACACCUACACUGUACAAACUAUAUCAGUAAUGAAAGAUAUUCAUACACAUGGUAUAGCUUGCUUGGCAUUUGAUGUAGAUGGUCAGCGUUUGCUUUCAGUUGGUUUGGAUUCAAAAAAUACAAUCUGUGUCUGGGAUUGGAGAAAAGGAAAAAUGUUGUCCAUGGCUCCUGGUCACACUGACAGAAUAUUUGACAUUUCUUGGGAUUUGUACCAACCAAACAAACUUGUUAGCUGUGGUGUAAAACAUAUUAAGUUCUGGAGUCUGUGUGGAAAUUCAUUGACACCAAAGCGUGGUGUAUUUGGUAAGACUGGUGAUCUCCAAACUAUUUUGUGCCUCGCCUGUGCAAGAGAUGAAAUAACAUAUUCUGGUGCACUUAAUGGAGAUAUUUAUGUAUGGAAAGGAGUCAACCUUAUACGAACCAUACAAGGAGCGCAUGCCGCAGGAAUUUUCAGCAUGAAUGCAUGUGAAGAAGGUUUUGCCACUGGUGGCAGGGAUGGCUGCAUUCGUCUUUGGGAUUUAAAUUUUAAACCCAUUACUGCAAUUGAUCUCAGGGAAACCGACCAGGGGUAUAAAGGUCUGUCAGUGAGGAGUGUUUGUUGGCGAGGAGAUCACAUCCUAGUUGGAACACAAGACAGUGAAAUUUUUGAAAUUGUGGUGCAUGAACGCAAUAAGCCUUUUCUUAUUAUGCAAGGACACUGUGAAGGAGAGCUUUGGGCCCUGGCAGUUCAUCCUACAAAACCAUUAGCCGUAACUGGGAGUGAUGAUCGAUCAGUUAGAAUAUGGAGCCUUAUAGAUCAUGCACUAAUUGCACGGUGCAACAUGGAAGAACCCAUUCGUUGUGCAGCUGUUAGCACUGAUGGAAUUCAUCUUGCUCUUGGAAUGAAAGAUGGUUCUUUUACAGUACUUCGUGUUAGAGAUAUGACAGAAGUUGUUCACAUUAAGGAUAGGAAGGAAGCUAUUCAUGAAUUAAAAUAUUCACCAGAUGGAAAUUUCCUUGCAGUUGGCUCCAAUGACAGCUCUGUUGACAUUUAUGGUGUUAUUCAACGAUAUAAAAAGGUUGGAGAAUGUGUUGGAUCCUCAAGUUUUAUAACCCAUAUGGACUGGUCUUUAGACAGUAAAUAUUUGCAAACCAAUGAUGGUAGUGGAAAACGUCUUUUUUAUAGGAUGCCUGGUGGAAAAGAAGUGAUGAACAAAGAAGAAUUAAAGGGCAUCCAGUGGGCUUCAUGGACUUCAGUUUCAGGCCUUGAAGUUAAUGGAAUAUGGCCUAAAUAUUCAGAGAUCAAUGAUAUCAAUUCUGUUGAUGCAAAUUUCGUUGGUCAGGUUCUUGUUACAGCUGAUGAUUAUGGAACAGUAAAACUCUUUCGGUAUCCAUGUAUAAGAAAAGGGGCAAAGUUUAAGAAAUACUUUGGUCAUUCAGCACACGUGACAAAUGUCAGGUGGUCACAUGAUUAUCAAUGGGUUAUUUCUAUUGGUGGAGCAGACCACUCUGUUUUCCAGUGGAAAUUUAUUCCUGAAAGAAAGUUGAAAGAUGCUCUUCACAUAGCCCCGCAAGAAAGCAUGAUUGACUCCAAUAGUGAAGAAUCAGAUUCUGAUCAAUCUGAUGUUCCAGAGCUGGACUCUGAAAUUGAGCAAGAGACUCAGAUCACUUAUCGACGACAGGUUUACAAAGAAGAUCUACCUCAGCUUAAAGAGCAAUGCAAAGAAAAACGAAAAACUGCAGCCUCAAAAAGAAGAGAGAGGGCUCCCAUCAAUAGUAUAAGAUUGCAUUUUGUUCACGGUUACAGAGGCUAUGACUGUCGGAGUAAUUUAUUUUACACUCAGACUGGGGAAAUUGUGUACCACGUUGCAGCAGUGGGCAUAGUAUACAAUCGGCAGCAAAACACACAGCGCUUUUAUUUGGGUCAUGAUGAUGAUAUCCUAUGCCUUGCUAUUCAUCCUCUAAAGGACUAUGUCGCCACAGGCCAGGUUGGCCGGGAUUGCUCAACCCAUGUUUGGGAUACAGAAACAAUCAAACCACUGUCGGUAUUAAAGGGCUAUCACCAGUUUGGUGUUUGUGCUGUUGAUUUUUCAGCUGAUGGAAAACGUUUAGCUUCAGUUGGAAUAGAUGACAAUCACACUGUUAUUCUUUGGGAUUGGAGAAAAGGAGAUAAGCUUUCAGCAGUAAGGGGGAGUAAAGACAAGAUCUUUGUUGUUAAAAUUAACCCCUUUAUGCCCGAUAAACUAAUUACAGCUGGAAUUAAACACAUAAAAUUCUGGCGAAGAGCAGGAGGUGGACUAAUUGGAAAAAAAGGUUAUGUGGGUCCAGUGGGAAAAAUUGAUACAAUGAUGUGUGCAGUUUAUGGCUGGACAGAAGAAAUGGCAUUCUCUGGAACUGCAACAGGAGACGUGUAUAUAUGGAGAGAUAUUUUCCUCGUCAAAACAGUGAAAGCACAUGAUGGCCCAUUGUUCAGUAUGCAUGCAUUAGAAAAAGGAUUUGUAACUGGGGCAAAAGACGGAAUUGUUGCUCUUUGGGAUGACAGCUUCGAACGGUGUCUAAAAACAUAUGCUAUCAAACGAGCUGCAUUAGCCCCAGGCUCCAAAGGUCUCCUUUUAGAAGAUAAUCCUUCUAUCCGUGCCAUAUCAUUAGGACAUGGUCAUAUUUUAGUUGGAACAAAGAAUGGUGAAAUAUUGGAAGUCGAUAAAAGUGGGCCAAUAACUUUACUAGUUCAGGGUCAUAUGGAAGGAGAUGUUUGGGGUUUAGCUUCUCAUCCUCAUUUACCUAUUUGUGCCACUGUAAGUGAAGAUAAAACCUUAAGAAUAUGGGAUCUUUCACCAAGCCAUUGCAUGCUAGCUGUUCGAAAACUGAAGAAGGGGGGAAGAUGUUGCUCUUUUUCACCUGAUGGAAAAGCAUUGGCAGUAGGUCUGAAUGAUGGCAGUUUCUUAAUGGUAAAUUCAGAUACUUUGGAGGAUCUUGUUUCUUUUCAUCACAGGAAAGAUGCUAUUUCAGAAAUACGAUUUUCUUCUGGUGCUGGAAAAUACCUAGCUGUAGGUUCAUAUGAUAGUUUUGUAGAUAUCUACAAUGUAAUGAGCAGUAAAAGAGUUGGAAUCUGCAAGGGAGCCUCCAGUUAUAUAACCCAUAUGGAUUGGGACAUAAGAGGCAAGCUUCUACAAGUCAACACUGGUGCUAAAGAACAGCUAUUUUUUGAAGCUCCACGGGGGAAAAGGCAGAUAAUUUCUACUGCACAGGUAGAAAAGAUUUCCUGGGCAUCCUGGACAAGUGUUUUAGGUACAUGCUGUGAAGGAAUAUGGCCAAUAAUUGGAGAAGUCACAGAUGUAAGUGCUUCGUGCCUCAGCAGUGACAGUACAGUCUUGGCAACAGGAGAUGAUUUUGGAUUUGUAAAACUUUUCCACUUCCCUGCCAAAGGAAAGUACAGCAAAUUUAAGCGGUAUGUGGCUCAUAGUACACAUGUAACAAAUGUCCGCUGGGCUCACGAUGACAGUUUAUUAGUCAGUAUUGGAGGAGGAGAUAUGUCGUUAAUGCUAUGGACCCAUGAGAUGGAGGGUCAUCGAGAAAGUAGGCAGUGCGAUAGCGAAGAAUCUGACCUGGAUUCUGAGGAAGAUGGGGGAUAUGAUAGUGAUGUCACAAGGGAAAAUGAAAUUAAUUACACCAUUAAAGCCUUAUCAACCAACAUAAGACCUAUGUUUGGAAUCAAGCCUCAUCUACAGCAAAAAGAGCCUUCAGCUGAUGAAAGGCAAGGAGUUGUAAGGGGUUCCAGACCACCAGUUAGUAGGGCACUGCCUCAGCCUGAAAAACUCCAAACAAAUAAUGUUGGGAAAAAGAAGAGACCUAUAGAGGAUUUAGUGCUCGAACUGGUAUUUGGAUACCGCGGUAGAGAUGGCAGAAACAAUGUGCACUAUUUGAAUGAUGGUGCUGACAUAAUUUAUCAUACAGCAUCAGUUGGGAUUCUAUAUAAUGUGGCAACAGGUUCUCAGUCUUUUUAUCAGGAACAUAAUGAUGACAUUUUGUGCCUCACUAUAAAUCAGCAUCCCAAAUUUGUCAACCUUGUGGCAACUGGCCAAGUAGGAGACUCAGCAGACAUGUCAACAACAGCUCCUUGUAUUCAUGUGUGGGAUGCAAUGAACAAAAAGACAUUGUCUAUACUGCGAUGUUACCAUUCAAAAGGAGUUUGUUCAGUUGGAUUUAGUGCCACUGGCAAGCUUCUUCUGUCUGUUGGUUUGGAUCCUGAACAUACCAUUACCAUUUGGAAAUGGCAAGAAGGUGCCAAAAUUGCCAGUAGAGCCGGUCAUAACCAACGUAUUUUUGUAGCAGAAUUCAGGCCUGAUUCCGACACUCAGUUUGUUUCAGUAGGAGUAAAACAUGUGAGAUUUUGGACCCUUGCUGGAAGAGCCCUUCUUAGUAAAAAAGGACAGACAAGUUCAAUAGAAGAUGCACGAAUGCAAACCAUGCUCUCUGUGGCAUUUGGAGCUAAUAAUUUGACAUUUACAGGUACCAUCAGUGGAGAUGUGUGUGUUUGGAAGGACCACAUAUUGAAUCGAAUUGUGGGCAAAGCUCAUAAUGGUCCUAUAUUUGCAAUGUAUACGACAUUACGUGAUGGCUUAAUUGUAACUGGAGGCAAAGAGAGGCCAUCAAAAGAAGGAGGUGCAAUUAAGCUAUGGGACCAGGAACUUAGAAGAUGUCGAGCCUUUAGAUUAGAGACAGGACAAGUAAUUGAUUGUGUCCGUUCUGUGUGCAGAGGCAAGGGAAAAAUUCUUGUUGGAACACGGAAUGCUGAAAUCAUAGAAGUUGGAGAGAAAAAUGCUGCCUGUAACAUUUUGAUUAAUGGGCACAUGGAUGGACCUAUCUGGGGAUUGGCAACCCACCCGUCUCGUGAUCUUUUUCUUUCUGCCGCAGAAGAUGGAACAGUCAGACUUUGGGAUAUUGCUGACAAAAAAAUGGUGAACAAAGUCAAUUUGGGCCAUGCAGCACGCACCGUAUCAUACAGUCCGGAAGGUGACAUGGUAGCAAUUGGCAUGAAAAAUGGAGAAUUUAUUAUCCUAUUGGUGAACUCUCUGAAGAUAUGGGGAAAGAAAAGAGACAGACGAUCUGCCAUCCAGGACAUCAGGUUCAGCCCAGAUUCCCAUUAUUUAGCAGUGGGUUCAAGUGAAAACGCAGUUGACUUUUAUGACCUGACCCUGGGGCCUCCUCUUAACCGAGCCAGCUACUGCAAAGACAUCCCAAGCUUUGUUAUUCAAAUGGACUUUUCUGCAGAUAGCUGUUAUCUUCAGGUGUCUACUGGGUCUUACAAAAGGCAAGUUUAUGAAGUGCCUUCAGGAAAACAACUUCUGGAUCAAACUGUGAUUGAUAGAAUAACAUGGGCCACCUGGACCAGCAUUCUAGGAGAUGAAGUUGUAGGAAUCUGGUCCCGGCAUGCUGAGAAAGCGGAUGUAAAUUGUGCCUGUGUUUCUCAUUCGGGAAUUAGCCUUGUAACAGGCGAUGAUUUUGGCAUGGUCAAGUUGUUCGACUUCCCUUGUCCAGAGAAGUUUGCAAAACACAAAAGAUUUUUAGGUCACUCGGCUCAUGUGACCAAUAUUCGCUUUACAAGUGGUGACAGAUAUGUUGUCAGUGCUGGUGGAGAUGAUAGCAGUAUAUUUGUCUGGAAAUGUGUCCAUAUGCCUCAUUAAUAGACAUGGAGACCUUCUCCAGUGGAUGGGAUUGGGACGUGAAGUUACUAGCGCACUACAGCUGCAAAGAGAGUUCUCCAGUGCCCCUCAUGCUUCAAGAAAUGGUGCUGAUAAAGACAGGUAUCUGUCUGUCUGACUAGAGUCUAUCAGAAGCAUGAACUACUACAAAUAUUUUGAAAUUAAUCAUAUUUCUAGCAUAUCUGAUAGCCUAUAUCUCUUUCCCACUCACUGCCAGAUAUUGAAAUACUUCGAUAAAGAAGGAGUUUGGGCUCAGUCUACAGUGCCCCAAUAAAAUUGUGGCUUAUACUCAAGUUAUGUUAUUUCUGAUCUAAAUCUGUACAGUAUAUUGAUGCAUUUACUUUCAUCAUGGAUGUUUAAAUACUGGGUACUAAUAAUCAUCAGAUGAAUUCUUAUUUUAUUACUGAAAAGCAAACUAUUGUGCUGGUCUUAAAACUUUUUUUUAAAGUAAAAAUAAAAUUUAAAAAAAAGAGUGGAUCUUGAAAAGAUUUGCUUAGUUUCCCCAACUUUCAACCAAUUAACCCACCCAUCCCUUAAGAAUUUUUUGCUUCCAGGAACUACAUAAUUGUAUUGAUUUUGAAGCCUGAAUUGUAAUCCUAUUGGGUGACUGCAGGUAGAUCUGUAAGAGCCCAUUCUUCAAGGCAGAUAUACUGUUUUUGUAUCAUUUGAGCAUUAAAUAAAUUCUGUGAGCAGAAUCAUAUUUGCUCACAUUUUGAGUGCCUUGCCCGAAACCUAGAAGAUCUAACUCCGUUUUUUGCCUUGUGAAUAAAUGUGUUAUCAGUGAAUGAGCAAGUGCUUGUUUGCUGAACAAAACAGGAUUGAGUUCAUUUUAGUGUUCAGGUAUAUGGAAGGUAUUGUCAACAAUUGCAACAAAAAAAAUCAACAGCAAUAGGAAUUAUUUCUUCCAUAUUCCUUGCAUUUCUGGAUGAAAACUUUGUAAAUUCAAAGUGAAAUCAGUAAUUCAAUUGUAUUUUAUAGUGUUUUUUAAACAGAAGAAAUAAGAAUUGUUAAAUUUCUUGUUCUUCGAUUCAGAACCAGUCCAUACAUGCAUGUCCUCAUUUUUAUCCUCAGAACACAUUCAUGAUUGUUUCUGAAUGAAAGUGUUCCUACCAAUAGAAAAGUUACAGAGUAGUUAAUUAAGGGAUUUUUAAAACUUCUGUUCUGGUAUCAAAAUAUAGCUUCAGCAUAAUCAUGUAGCUGAAAACAUUGGCAAAUGAGAAACAAAACAUUUCUGUAACUAUAAAUCCUUGCUACCAGGGGACAAUUAAGUCUUCUCUGUGAAAAUGGAGUCCAUUGUAAAGUAGAUCUUUAUUGUCUGACAUUGAAAACAAUAAUAUUCAUUUUAAGAAGUAAAACUAGAAACAUACCUGCCCUGUCGAUAGGUCAGUUAAAAGUGUUUUGUAUAAAAAUAACAGGAAACAAAGUUUCUACACCUCCCCUUCACAAUCCUUAUUUUUUUUAAAUAAGAAAGACCUGCAUACCAUUUCUCAUUGCAAAAAUCCCAAAGUCAUUUACAAAGAAAUGAAAACUAUGGAAUAUUAUCAAGCAUUCCGAACCAAAAUAUACCUUCAGGCAAUUGAAAAGACAAAUAUUAGGUGAGUUAGUGAUCCAGAAUUGCCAUCACAAAAAGAAUCAGAUGCCUGUCAGGAUAUUUAUACAUUUAGCUAAUUCAGUAGUUUCUGAACUUCUGAUGUUCAGAAGUUCAGUACAGAACAUCCCAGACAACAUGGCAUCUAAAUGAACCUGAUUACUUAAAUAGCAAUUCUCUUCCCCUGUUUUAAUGCUUGAAAGCAUAUAUAAUAAUAUUGAGAAGAGUGGCGGCCAUAGGUACCUACAAUAAUAUAUUCUCAAUGUAUACCUGCAAAUUACAGAUAAUAAGAUUUAGUUUGGGGUUCCAUAAUGUCAGUCAACCCAAGCAUUGUACCUGCUUUCCAUAGCAUGCCAAGGGUUCUUCCACUUUUUAUUUUUUCCCUAAAUGGGAGCUACUUUGGUGUAGUGGUUAAGGCAACAGGCCAGAAACACUGAGCGUUCUAGUUCCACCUGAGGCACAAAGCCAGGUGACAGACCUCGGACUAGACACUUUUUCUCAGUCCUAGGAAGGAGGCCAUGGCAAACCACUUCUGAAAAACCUUGUGAAGAAACUACAGGGACUAGUUCUGGCAGUUGUCCAGAGUCAAAACUGAUUCAAAUGCACACACACAUAACUCACCCACUUAAGUGUAUGUUAUUAUUUCUUAUUUGAAUUGGUUUUUUGAUAAUAGUAAAUAGUAAACUCACUGCAGGCCUUUUCCUUUUAUGAGUUUUUCAGCAAUCCUCCUCCAUCUGAUGAAAAACAAUAUAGUCAUUUUCUUCUAAUUGUGUAAAGAACCAGUCAAAGUGAGAAUCUCCGAGGUUUGAGAAGUUUUAAGGGCGGCUCUCAUGAUUACAAUCUAACUUCUCCCAACUGAGAGAAAAAGGCAUUUCCUUGAAUCAAAAUGAGUUUUAUUUGGUAAUAAACAGCACAUUAAAUUGCACCCAGAGGCCAACAGGUAACUAGUAUUGCUCAAAGUAGUGUGGACAUAUGUGCAUACUAUGAAAUAUCUAUCACCUCUCAUACUACAUUCUGGAAGCUGUAGGUUUCAAAGGCAGACCCUUAUAGAGUGCAUCGCAGUAGUUCAGUUGAGUUUGGGAACAUGCUGGAUAGAAAUUCAGUUUGCUAGUGCAUCUCUUCAAAUAUGCUUUCAGGAGGUGGGAAUCCAUGGAUAUUCCAAAUACAAGAGGAAAAACAACAUGAUUCUAGCUAUAGAAGCGGUACUUGUGGUUUAGGAUUUUGUGACUGCUCUCACCUUUUGGGAGAAGAGUGUUGUAUUAUUUUAUCCAACCAUAGCCAUCAAAAUAUCAGUCCUUUUACUAAACAGAGUUUGAUGAAACUAAACACACAAUUUUGGGUUACAAUUUAAAGAGACUACAAUUCCACCCUCUUGAGGAGUUAGCUAUUAAGAAACCAUAAACUAAUUUACUCCCCUUUCCCUUCUACACUAACAUUCCCCAUGUUUGAAGGUUUUUAUUUUGAUUCCUGUAUAAUCAUGUACAAGGUUAAA